CAGAUCAGUUCUAGCAUCUAUGAUCCGGUUCUUUUAAACGUCAUUGUCUAUGGCACUACCACCGGUGCGGACUGAGAAUCCCUGUAUCUUGCAACCAUGCAGUCGGCCCGACCUCCCUCCCGGUCCAAAAGACCGGAUUGGACACCGCAACCACCCAUAGCUGUCUUUGUCCGGAACCUCCAGCUGCUACAACUAGACUCCCGUGACGACUGGCCGAGCAUUACAGUUCGCUCUUUGUCCCCCUCAUCGCAAAACCAGCGCCAGCGUGUCAAGGCCAUCGAAUGGGCACUUUACCAAUUAGUGGCACUCUGGGACCCGGAAACCGCUCGGGAUAAACUCCGGCCCUUCUUUCCUCCACUGGAGCCAUUGCAGUCAGUCAAUCUACGCGCCGCCCUGUUUCGUGUGUUGUCCGAGUUGAAGAAGAAUGGGGACUUAGGAAAAGAGGCUAUCCUGCGGAAGUCAAUGCUCGAUGACUGCAAGGGGGAGAAAUUUGAUGAGCUUCUUGCGGUGUUUUCGACUGCAGUUCUCCGCAAAGCUCUAGCCGCCUCGGCGGAUGAAGGACUUGGGACUCCCGCUAUGAAGCUGUCAAUGGCCUCGGGUUUGACCCAACAAGAAUAUCAACGCAUACUGCCCCUCAUUCUUGCGCAUCGCGUCUCUUUGAGAGGGGUGGGAGAGCGUCACAGCCGAGUACGGGACACGCAUGAGAGUUUCUCGCAAUUGUUGGAUUACAAAAAGAGUCAACUAGAACUUCAGUCCAAGGAAGAGCGUCCCCAGAUUGCGGAUGAGGCUGAUUUCGAUGGAUUGGCACAGAAGGUCAAGGCCAAUUGUCCGAACAAUGCAGGUUGGGCUGAUACUCUUCUAUAUGGAGGUGCCCGCAGUAGCAGCGAUGCGUUUCUCGAACUCCCUUUUUCAACAGCAUGGUCCAAGGCCAAAGCGUCGACGGUAGAGGACCUUAAGACAAACACUGCUCCGGAUCUGUUGAUCGACUUGGAGACACGCAUCACGAGACAGCGCGCCCGUUUGCAAAGAUGGCAUCAGUAUCGCAGUUCGAUGCUGAGACAUGAGCGGGCAGAAUCAACGAACUCAACAAAGAGCCCUCCCUUGGCGUUCCGGGACCACCAGGCGCUCACUGUCGCCAGCAUCGCCAGGGCUGUUCGCGAGCCAGUAGAACGCAUUUCCCCUAAGGCGGAUGAUCGCGCCCUCCUGUUCUCCCUGACGGAAGCACUUGCUCGAAUUGAAGGCACGCACCGCUCAUCUUCACGAGCCACACCGUUGCAUGCCCCUGUAGUCGAUGCAGAUCGUCGUCUGGCUGGGCAUGAAUCGUCAUCCUCAAGCAAUACGUCAUCCCCUCGAUUGAUUCAGCAAGAUGCCACCGCCAAGAGCACACCCUCGGGCAGUGUUACAUCUGAAGCAGAUGAUGCUAUAGGUCGAGCUAGGUCUCCCUCGCUGCAACUCUCUUCUGAUCUGGAAUUCAAACCCGCCCAGCGCAAGGAGCGCAACACAUAUAACCUAAUUGAGCGGACCCGGAAAUCCAUGUCGUUGGUUCCCCCUCCGCCGAGUAACCCACGGCCUAGGGAGAGUCUUCGACCUCGCCGUCCGCGACCCUCCUUCCCCGUGAACCAAUUCGAACUGCCGGAGAGACAGACUCCCGAAAUCAGCAGAGCAUCUACGCCCCGCGAUGAACUGUUCGAAGAAGAGGCAGACUACGCCAGUGUUUUCAAAUCCCGGCCACGGGUCGCUCAUAGCCCUGUUUCUUCGCCGGCAGUACACGUAAGUGCCGUGGAAGAUUUCGAUCUCGGCAUGGACAUGGAUUCUAGACUGGAGAUGAGCGAGGCCUAUGGCUUGGAUUCGCCCCUGCCUAGACGGCGUAGGUGA